UUUUCAUUUCAUAACCUUAUUUUUAUUCACAAUAUGAACUCUAACGUAAUAAUUUUUAAUAAUAAUCUAAAAACUUAUUGUAACAUAAUUUUUGCGAGGCACUAUGCGUUCAAAAGCGAUCUGAAAAUUAAAUGGGUACGUCCAAAGAAAGUACCCUGUUACAAACCAGAAAAAUCUGGUGAUCUACUUGGGAUCCCAAACAUAGAAAAUAAAAAGAAUAUUUUGGGUUUUAACGAUUCAAAAGAACUUCAAUCUGCAGAUGAAACUGUGAAGAAAUUAUUUACAUUAGAAUUCGCUCCCAAGAAAUAUUCAAAUAGAACGUAUUUCAAAGAAAUUGUGCAUUCGGUAAAAAGACAUGAAUUUGAUUUGGGUUCUGCAGAGGUGAAGAUUGCUCAAUGGACAGGAAUAAUACGGGCUCUACAAUCGGUAAUGGAACGUUUUCCUCGCAACGUAAAGUUGAAGGUGAAUUUGAAAGAAUUAAUUGACCAACGAAAUAAGCAUCUAAAAUAUUUACGUUGUUGGGAUUACAAAAAGUUCGAAUGGUUAUUGGAAACUUUGAAUAUUCAAUAUAAACCACAUCCAAAUAAAUUCCAUUGGAUAACCAGGAAGGAAUCUUUGCAAAAAUUGACUGAUAAAUAUUGCGAAGAUGUGAAACAGAAUCUACUGAACAACUAUAGAUUGGAAUUGGAAAGUCAACAACUUAACUUUCUUGAAGAGAAAGUUGCCACCCU